ACAAGUGUUUUUUGAAGCGCGUAAUGUUCAAGCUCGCAAUUUGAGUUGGCAUCAAAGUUCAUGUGUUAUAUUCGGCGAUGAGUAAACAGGCAUCUACUUAUACUCUCCCUCCUAAAGAACUCUCAAUAUUCAAGAGAGUUGUUAAAUAUUAUGACCAAAAGCAGUACAAAAAUGGAUUAAAGUAUGCUAAACAAAUCCUUAGCAAUCCAAAAUUUAGCGAACAUGGAGAAACUUUGGCGAUGAAAGGUAUUUUAUUAAAUUGUCUUGGUAAGAAAGAUGAAGCAAGGGAAUAUGUAAAGCGUGGUUUAAAGGCCAACAUCACCAGCUUUGUUUGUUGGCAUAUUUAUGGUCUUAUUCAUAAAUCUGACCAUAAGUACGAAGAAGCGAUAAAGUGCUACUUGCAAGCUUUAAAGUUAGAUAAUGAAAAUUUACAAGUGCUAAGGGAUCUUUCCGUUUUACAAAUGCAGUUGAGAGAUUAUGAAGGAUGCAGGGACAUACGUUACAAGCUGCUUCUACUGCGACCUAGCCAAAAAGCAUCAUGGAUUGGCUAUGCUUUAAUUCACCAUUUGCUGGGAAACUAUGAAAUCGCUCUUACAGUCAUCAAUGAGUUCAAAAAGGGUCAAAGUGAAAUACCUCAGUUCGAUUACGAACACAGUGAGCUACUACUCUACCAAGCAAUGAUCAUGCUUGAAGCUGGAAAAGAAAAUGCUGCCUUAGAACAUCUAAAUCAAUAUAGCAACGAAAUAGUUGAUAAAAUAUCUUUGUUGGAAAUGAAGGCUCAACUUCACUUGAAACUUGGACAGUAUGAGGAAGCGGUUGAGUGUUCAUGGAGCUUAAUUGAUCGGAAUCAGGAAAAUAGUUUAUAUCUUGAGCUUUUGGCACAGGCAAAUACAGCUUUAGUCAGUGGUAUAACAGACGCAAAUACUGAAACGACGAAAAAGACUUAUGAGUCAGUUAUUGCCCGUUACCCCCAAUCCCGUCUAUCUAGACGGUUGAUUCUGAAUUAUUGUUCAGGUGACGAGUUUCUCCAGCGUUUGGAUGCUUACCUAAAGCCAUACAUCAGAAAAGGUGUUCCUCCACUUUUUAUACAACUUGCGGGGCUUUUAAAUGACUCUAAAAAGAUUUCAGCUUUUGAAAGUCUUUUAACUAAAUAUCGUAACAGCAUGAGUGCCAUCGGAUCCCUUGAUGCACAGGAAAGUAAUGAAAAAGAAGCUCCCACAACAGAUGUUUGGCUGAACUAUUUACUAGCUCAGUAUUAUAACUUCAAAAGAAAAUAUCAGGAAGCCAUUGAAAUCAUAGAUUCUCAGUUGCUCUCAACACCUACGUUAGUUGACUUUUAUGUCCUAAAAGCCGAUGUCUUUCAUGAUGCAGGGGACUAUAUAACAGCCAGUCGGUGGAUGGAAGAAGCCCAAUCUCUAGAUACAGCUGAUCGUUUUAUUAAUGCUCGCUGUACAAAAUUCAUGGUGGAAGCUCAUCGCCUUGAAGAUGCCACUAACAUGGCUUCUAAAUUUACAAGGGGAAACACAUCGCCAAAGGAAUACUUGUCUGAGAUGCAGUGCAUGUGGUUUCUGUUAGAUAAUGCCAGAGCACUUAAAGAAAUGGGCAGAUUUGGUGAUGCCCUUAAGUUGUGUCACGAAGUGCAGCAACACUACAGAAAUAUUCUUGAUGAUCAGUUAGACUUCCAUUCCUACUGUCUGCGGAAGGUUACGCUACGAUCAUAUGUUGAGACACUGCGAUUAGAAGAUCGUUUACGGGAUCAUCAGUCUUAUUUUGAUACCGCUCAACUUGCAGUUGAAAUUUACUUGCAACUGUAUUCUCAACCAUUGGACAGUAUUGAUGAAUCUCCUCACGGCGAAAAUGACGGUAUGUCUUCAUCUGAAGCUAAAAAGCUACGAAAUAAACAACGGAAAGCCGCUAAGCGUGCGGAAGCGGAAGCUGCUCGGGCUCGAGCUGAACAGGAACGUCGAGAACAAGCAUCUCGUUCAAGACAGCCUGCAUCCGAAGAAGCAAAUGCAGAUAAUCCAUCCAUGGGAGAAAACGACCUAGAUGCUAAUCUACUGGCCAGACCUGAGGAUCCACUUGAAGAGGCAUCCAAAUUUCUUCUCCCUUUGCUGGAUUUGUCUCCUAAAAUUAUUGAGGCUUAUUGUUUGGCCUUUGAAGUUUAUGAGAGAAAGCGUAAGUGAGAAUUUAAAUAAUCAUUUUUCUGUUUAAAAUUUACUAAAUGCUCUACAAUCUAUCAUUUUGACAUGCUAUAUUAUGUGGAGAAUCCUACGAACAUUCUCAUCGAACUUAUCAAAACCAUGUUUAGUUGUUUAGUUAUGAAAUAUCAAGGAGCCUAAUGUUACUCUUGUAUGUUACCAUUAAAUACUAAAAUCAUUUACAUAUCUUCAGUGUAUUUUUGUUAACGUGAUCAUAAGGAGUGAAGUAGUUGAGUGCACUGGCCACUUCAGUUAUCUUAGAAGUCUCAUUAACCCCAAUGCGUUGGUGUCUAAAUUUCAGCACAGAGUUAGAAAGCUCGUUUGGUCUUUAUCAAUUUGUAUCACUUGUGGUGUAGGUGAGAUCGUGUAUCAAUAAAAGGAUGAACAUACUACCCAAACAUCGAUUUUACUCUAUGAAAGGUAUACAUAGGCUCUGGUUUUUGAUCAUACAUGUCUUCCAAAUAUUAUUCGCGUGUGAUGGAACAAUUGAGCGAGUCUUUCGAAAGUUAGGCGCGGGAUAUUAGGUAAGGAAUACAAGUCGGUUAAUGGGGUUGUGAGUCCACCAACUGAGGCAGUUGAAACGUAUUUUACCUAUGCCGACGCAUGAUGAGGGCUGGUGUAUGAGUAGGUUGUAAGAAAGCUAGAGACUGAUAAUCCAAAACGUGGGCUCAUUCUAUGAAAUCAUUGGCUGUUGAAUUGAACCGUGUUGCUACGUUCAGACUACCUGGUUAGGACCUGCGUGGUAAGUGAUCAGUGGUUGGAAACAUUUGAUGAAAUGGAUUGGAUUUGGUCACACUGGCUUAGAUCUAUUCACUAUUUAUCUCAAGUUCUAGUAUUUCUACAUACAUGCCUUUUCAUGUCUUUUCUAACAAUGUUCCUCAUCAUAGUUACUACUAGAAUUAUUUUAACUAUUUCAGCGUUCAUCAUGUUAACUUCAUUUCAUCGUACUAAUGUGUUAUGGCAUUUUUGAGAUAACGCUCAUCUGUGCCAAUCUCUACGUUGAUUAUGACUAAUUUAUUGAUAAUGUAUUCCUUAACAAAUGAAUUUCUAUUCCUAAUCACUUUAUUUAGUUGAACUGCGGUAGCACACAGUAGCAGUAUAUGGCCUUUAGUUUUGAAAUUAUGAACUUACGUUUCGUUUUCAUUUUUAACAGGAAAAUUUCUCCUCAUGCUCAAAUGGAUUUCUCGUGGUGUGCAACUUACAAAUUCACGUGACAAUCCUUGGUUUCAUGAGUGCUGUGUGAGAUUUCUUCUCCAGCUACACAGUCGUGGAAAAUCAGAUGAUAUAGUUGGCAAAGUUCUUACAUCCGAAGUCCCUAAGUUAUUCAGCGAGUGGCCAGAAAAUAUUUCAUUUGUUCAAGAAUAUAAUAAAAGAUUUAAUCACCGUAAUCAGGACACAUAUCCUCAUGUAUUCAGAUAUACGUUAUGUCAAUGUCUGAUUGACCCACAACAUAGAGAUAAUUAUCUUAGUAAGAUUCCAUUACCAAAUGAUAACUUUAAAGGUGUUACAUGGCAAGAAUGCCGCACGUGUCUAGAUAUUUUGCGUAGAGGUCAGUGGACGUUACUGGGUCGUUGUGACCCAUCUGUCAUAGAAAAGUAUCGUUGUGCUUGCAACGAAUAUUUUCCAAUGGCAAAUGCAUUUCUAACAACCUCACAAAUAGAUAUAUUACGUCAGAAUAUGAUUGAAGCAGCUAAUUCAUCAGCUAUAUCUGGUGUGUUCCUUACGCCGAAUGACAAGGACCAAUUAUCGGAACUCAACACGGAUCAUGGAAGUAAACUAUCAAAUGAAUUUUCUAGACUAACUACUGAACCUAUGGUUAAUGGUGAUCUAAAGGAUUCGACUAGUUGGAUUCCUCAAUCGUGUAAGCAAGUUACAGUAACAAAUAAGGCAACUGAUAUCGUUGUUUAAUUCUUCAAGAACCUACUGAAAUCUUUGCCUAUCCAUUUUAUUCGCUAAAAUUUUGUGUAUGUAUUCAGAAGUUUGUGAAUACUGACUCAUUUGUAUUUUCCAUUGUCCAAUAGUAAAUGUACACUGUUGUAGAAUAAGUUUGAAAUCCUUUUUUUUCAUGUGAAUAUUUCUUGCAUGAAAACUUAUUUAAAUACUUUGGUUCAGUAAUAUUACAUAUGAUUAUUGUAUCACAUGUGCAUAAAACUACUUCGUGAAAUGCUUUUGUAAUUUCAAAAAUCGUGUACAACAAAUUUUACCUACUGUAUAUGCGCAGAUUGCGUACUUCCAAAUCUGUUCCAGACCCUAUUUGCCAAAUGACUUGUUGAUAAUUGUGAUCAUUAUCAUCAUAUUUACACUGAGUGAAGUUGGUAUGAGCGUUUAUUUUAACAAUAAAAUCUUUAGCUUUCUG